GAGGUUUAAACGUUCUUUAUUUAUUAUUCAGUAAUAUUAAUAAAAAAAUGGCAUCACCUGCUAUUGAAAGGUCACCGUGCGUAUUCUGUAAUAUAGUUAACAAGUUAGAAAAUACGGAAUUGCUUUUCGAAGACGACGAAGUUUGUGUUUUUCGUGACAUUAAACCUGCAACAGGAUUUCACGUGUUAACUAUUCCUAAAAGACAUAUAGACGAUGUUAAAAGUCUAACUUCCGCCGAUAAACAAUUGGUGGCAAAGAUGCUCCGUACAGCAAAGGAACUUCUGGCAAAAAACAACCUAAGCGAGGAUGAUGCGAGAUUCGGAUAUCAUUGGCCACCUUUCAGAAGUGUGAAACACUUACAUCUGCAUACAAUAGCUCCGGAAAGUGAUAUGGGGUAUAUAGCACGGAUGAUUUUUAUGAAAAACAGUUACUGGUUUGUAUCGCCUGAAUAUGUUGAGAAAAUGAUCGAAGAAUCAAGCUGAAGAAUCCAUUAGUUCGUGCAGAUAAGAAAAAUGUGAUUUACUAUUAAUGUAUCCAAAUUUUGAACCAAAAUAAUUACGACCAUUAUUUAAUAAUAACAUUGAUAAUUUUUAUCUAUCUGACUAUGUUCAGUCAUGGUGUUCUGUUGGUGCUUUUUUGUAUAAUAUCAAAUGACGGAACGUACAAGUCGUGCGCCUGAUGGUAAGGUACACGCCUGUCCGUAACAGUUGCAGUGCCACUCAGAGUU